CGGCAAAGAAGAAGACGGAGAAAACCGCGCUGGCUGCUCACGUCUGGAAGCUGGCCGUACGUGGAAGCGUUUCGCUCAUUUUUUUAAACACUGCAACGAGGACUACCCACGUCACCAGCGACCCUAGUUGAUGGAACUUCACCGCUCGCUGUCCGUAGAAGCCGGGGAACUGAACAUGUCCAGCAAGCUGAGCGAAGACGGCAGCGAAGGCGAGAUCAACGAAGGGUUAAUCCUGGAGUUCUUAGAUGACUCGGCAGGACGCACUCCAGAGCCUGACGACCAGUCCAGGAACGCCGGUGCGUCUCCUGUGGCUGUGACGAAAGCCGCAUCGGCCACGAACAUCCGUCAACCAGAGGAAGGUGCCUCAGGCGAGAGACCCAUCCUGGAUCCAGAGCAGGCUGCAAGUGGUAGCGGAGAAGGUGGUCGACGUCGUUUGCCUGGCCGUCGCGCCCUCGUGCGGACGGGCGUCUUGUGCUUUACUACCUUCGCCGUCGUCUGUUGCGUCAUGGGCCUCGUGACGUGGUACCGAGUAACGUGGCACGAGCCACUGUGGAACGAGACCGCCGUCAUGCGCAUCAUAAGAAACGCCUCCGUCAUGCUGUCGUCACAGGACAUGGCCAUCGCACCUGUCAUGUAGGACUUCAUGCGUAGCGGUAUACAGAGGCACCUCGUAAAGGCAAUAUGAUCGUUGGUGUGGUGUCCACACAUUACACCGUAUUUAUGUUCGACAUGUAGAAUGAAUGCUUAUAAAUAAAUAAUGUUUCCUUAUUUUCAA